CUGACUGAAAGCUAGCUGUAUCUUGUUAUAUUAUUUCGGUAAUUAGUGCUUUAUCGGUGUAAUUUUUCAUAUAAUUGAUCCAUUAUCUGAUUGUUGCUAUUUAUUUAUUUAUUUUUUAAUUUUGAACACAAUGAAGCUUUAAGUAAAAGAAGCCCUUCGAUGAUGGUACCUUCCCACCAGGUAUAUCACUCGGAGUUCAAGCGCGGCAUGAGAACGGUACCCAGACUCUGAUUGAAUGGGGGGAAUAAACAACUCUGCGCCAGGAUUACGGUUGGUGUGUGGACUGCAUUUUAAUAGACGUUUUUCUAUCCGUUUCUUGAACAGUGUUUGUGGGUCGUAUAGUUGUCGUAGCGGAGGAGGCAGCAACAAGUUCGCUGAAUGAUCUUCCACAAGUACUUGACCUGCAGGCUCAGGCCUCCAACAGUGAUCGGACAGUUCCACACCCUCUUCUUUGGCUCUGUGCGCAUGUUCUUUCUUGGGGUUUUGGGCUUUGCAGUUUAUGGCAAUGAAGCUUUGUAUUUCAGCUGUGAUCCAGAUAAGAGAGAGUUAAACCUCUUCUGUUAUAACCAAUUCAGACCAAUGACACCUCAGGUAUUCUGGGCAUUACAGCUGGUGACUGUUUUGGUUCCUGGAGCUGUUUUUCAUCUUUAUGCUGCUUGUAAAAAUAUAGACCAGGAAGAAAUCCUCCAAAGACCCAGCUACACUGUGUUUUAUAUAAUCUCUGUCCUGUUAAGAAUUAUUUUUGAAGUUAUAGCAUUUUGGCUUCAGAGUUAUCUUUUCGGUUUUCAGGUUCACUCACUUUACAUGUGCGAUGCUAGUGCCCUUGAGAAAACAUUUAAUGUUACCAAGUGUAUGGUACCAGAACAUUUUGAGAAGACCAUCUUCCUGAGUGCAAUGUACACCUUUACUGUUAUCACAGUAGUGUUGUGUGUUGCGGAGAUUUUUGAGCUACUCUGUAGAAGAUCGGGCUAUUUGACCAGUCAAUGACCCCAAUGUUAUUGACAGCAGAGCUUCAGGUCAAUUAAUAAACACUCUUUUUGUGCAUUUAUUUUGUGUGUAAUCCAGGUCUUUAAAUGGAAACAAAGCCUGCACGCUAAAUACCUCUGCUUUUUUUCUGUUGGAAAUGAACACACACAAGCUUUUUAUUUUGUAUUGCUGCAAUCACAAAGCCCCCAUAGGAGCGACAGAUAAUUUGUAUUGUGAACCUACAGUAGCUGAAAAGAGAAAAAAAAGUUUUACAAUUAUCAGUUUUUAAUUUUAAAAAGCUUACAAGGAUCAUGAAUGGUUUUGUUUUAUGUUUUAAUCAACAUCAAACUGAUUUAUUUUCUUUUUUUAGCUAUGUAAUAGAGCAAUUAACUUUAAGGUGAGAGAACAUAUUCUUGAAUUGAUAUUUUAAUAAAUAGAGCUUGCUUUAGAUGCCAUUUGCAUUAUGUAGAUGUGGAUCUUCGCUAUAAGCAUGAUGGACACAAUAUUAUUAUUUAAUUAUACCAUUUCUCCACAACUCUGACAGGUGCGGGUUGGGAGACUGUGGUGCAGCAUAGGCAGAUGAUCCGUCACUUACUAGGAACCCCCUUGGUGAUGUUGGCUGGAAUAAAUUUAGUUUUUCACCUUUAAGUUCCUGUGCUUCAUACUUUAGUGAACAAUGCAAAAAAACAUUUCAUAAAUGACUUAUUGCCAGAAUCAAAUCAAGAUAGAAAUCCUGGCAUUUCAGUUCUAACCAGUGUGACAGUGCUUUGGGAGGUCUCAUUAGAUUAACAGCCACCAGCAGUUGAAUUUAGAUUUCCUUUCAAGUCAUUUAUGUUGGUUGUGGAAGCUAAAAUUAACAUAUGCUAAUUGGGGGGCAGGGGCAGGGGCAGUAGUGAAUUUUAAGAAUUUUAGAAAUUGUGUAUUUCUACUAGUUAUACAUUGAAAGGUGCAUAAUCUUUGGCAGCUUUGUUUUCAUUUUUUGCAACUGCAGGUGACUUCCAAAAAGAUGUUUGCAACUUAUUAUUCUUAUUUAAAAGUAAAGCAAGUUGCAACUUUUUUUUUUAAAUUGCAGUUUCAAAAAUAUAUAUGGUACACUAACUUUUAUGAAUGCAUCCCAAGUAAGUAACACAGAUAGUAUCUAGUCAGACUAUAAAGUUAUAUUAACAUAUAAAGUUACCAAGUAUUCGAAAGGCUGUUCUUUUGUAAACAAUAAAACACUGGAUAGUGUGGAAAAUCCUGAGCGAGAAUAUCUUAUUUCUUUCUUUUUCCCCUAACAGUUUAACCAUAGUUAUCCGUA